GAAAUUAAUGCGCGCUUGGAGGUCCGCUGUCCUAUCAAUACAGAGGAGAGUGGACGGGACAACACAUGCGGAAAAGAUGACAAAUUAGUCUACGUGUUAUCUACACGGUAUUUUUUCUCAUUUUGGGGAGUCAUUUUCCUUCUUUUUUUGCUGGGGAAAGGAAACAUUGCAUUAGGAGUGUAACGAGAUGCUUUUUCUUUCCACAAGGAUAAUUGGAUUCUGCACCGACACAGUAGAAGGGCUUGCAUUCACCGUUAUACCAGUAUCAAAUGUAUACUAUCUAAUCUAAUUGCGCGGGAAAGCGUAAUUAACUUUUUUAAUUUAGCCUACAUUUAAUUUGACCAUACAUUUUAUUGCAUUAAUCAUGCAAGGUUUGGCCUAAAGCAUUUUAAGUCCGAUGAACAGGUGAAGAAGAACGUCGGAAAUUGUGAUGGGAAUAUUUACUUGAAGUGUUUGUUUUAAACUUGCCCGAUUUUUUCCCUAAGGAAAUACGUGUUUUAAACUCCUACAGAAGAUCAACAGGCAUUGGCAAUUUUCUGGUUUUCUGUGAUAAAGGUACGAGACAAAUGUGUACACUGAAGGGAAGCCUACCUGAUGAGAGUUCAAAUCAUCUCGGUUGAAACUCUGUCGAUUACCUUCAGGCGCGGUUGCCUUUGAGCGUCACGUGUCCGCCAUACGGAUGCCCAGAACCUGGGCUGCGCGAGCUGGAGGCGCGGGGAAAGCGUCAUGGGACGUUUCAAAUACUUCUAAAGGGGCACAGAUGUUCUGCCCAGGUCGCCAUGGGAACAGAAGGCAAUAAGUUCUGUUGAUUCUAGACCCUGGGGAUUUGGAUCUGAAAGACUGGAGCGAUGUCACACUCAGGGAGGACAGGAGAGAGUGUUGAUGGAGAGGAUUUCGAAUGUCAGCCGGGACAGUGGUUAUCUGUGGUGGAAUUCUAGCUACAGUCAUCUUACUGACCAUUGUUGCAGUACUGUGCUACUGCAGGUUGCAGUAUUAUUGCUGUAAGAGGGAAGAGCCAGAGAGGGAGGAGGAGGAACAGCCGGAGCUCACCACCAUGUCCUCCCUGCCCACGCCAGUGCACGCGGCCGACGCCCCCGGCGACACGACCACGCCUCCCUCCGAGGCCAACGGGCCCACGUUCGUCUACACGCCGCCGCUGGUGGGAAAACCGGUCACGCGCUCCCACACCUUCUGCCCCUCCUGCUCACGCUACUCCCUGCCCUUCCACCCACAGCACCCGUGCGACAGACUGCGGAACGGCGGCGCACGAAUAAGCUACCGGACUGUGGAGCAGCAGGAGCUGGACCUGCCUGUGGAACUGGCUAGCUUCAACCGGAAGCUUAACCUCAUCCGCUCGGUCACCAUGAGAGAGGUGGUCACCCACAGUGUCAGCACCGAUGUGUAGCCCCCACCCCACCCAC